UUACAAUCGGGUCUGGUUAUAAUUAUAUUGCGACAAAUAAUGAUCAGCUGGUAGGGUCGCGUACAUUUGCGAUUUAUUCAUCGAGUGCGAACGUCACAUCUGCCGCGAACGAGUACAAUUAAUAGUUUACAAAUUUCAAUUACGUAUCGGCGGGGCGAAGGAGCUUUUUAUACAAAAUCAGGUACGUAAACGCAAUUCAUUUGUUGACUUGUUCGAAACCGCUGCUCUAUACGUCUUCGGGUCUGCCGAUAUUAUAUCUUCUAUAUUUGUGCGCUGAGGUGAGAGAAGAAAAAGAAUUUUCACGCCCAUGUUACGUCUAAGGUGUAAUAAUAAUACUUUUUCACCAGCUGGCCAAAUAGUUGGUGAAAAAAUAGAAAUAUGGUCGUCAGCCCAGGGAGGAUGAAGGAAAGGAGCAGAUUCCUUGCAGCCGAUGGUUUUAACGUUCAAUUAAAAAAGCCACCGGCAACAAGUGUCGAGAUCGCGACGCUCGGUGGUCGCGACGGGGUGAGAUCGGCGAGUCUGGAUUCGAAGGAGUUCCGUAGCGACUUUGGAUUCCGUAAUUACGGCUUCGACUCCUUCUCCUGCAGCGGCACGGCGAAUCGAAAGACCGUCGAAGCUAGGAGCAUCGCCUCGAAAUCCCGCGUCACUGCCGAGCCGACCACGUACCAAAAAGUCCGUCGAAUAAUCGAAGAGCACAACGAGCGACAAUCCCGUUCGUCUCCUCGGCGCAACGUUGAUUCACCUUGUCUCCACUACAAGACCCCUUCGAAGACCCGUGAGCUGAUCAACUACAGUAUAGUCGCCUCAUCCCGCGGGGAAAACGCGAGAAAUAUCCGUGACGGCCGCUCGACCGGAUUCUCCAGCUUCUCCGUCUGCGAAACUAUUGCACCUGCGGCUGCGAGGUACGCGCCGAGAAAAAUUACCGCCGGCGGGGCGAACGGCAGACGAAGAAAAUCGGGCGUUCGCUGUCAGGAGGAAGGAUUUCAAAAGUCGCGAAAUAAAAGCUCGAAGCUGCCGUCCGUCGCAGAACCGAAUCGAAGAGCUCGACAAACCGGCGUCAAGGUGACGCUCUCGCAGACGAGGGAAUUCAGGGAACUUCCCUGGGGGUCCGAGGGGAAGCCAGAGGGAAAGGACGGGUACUUUGCGAAUCAGCAGAGGAAACUGCUGGCAAAGUUACCCUCUUCGUUCCUCUCCGAGGACGGGAGGGACAGACAAAGGAUUAAAACGGCGCAGGUUUUCGAUAAUUCUCAAGAAAACGGAAGCGCGACGGGUCUCCACAGAUCUCCGAGUACCACCACCCUUCCCAGCAGCUGGAAAAAGCCGGCGAGGGUUGGGGUCAAAAAAUCCGUCUCCUUUAGCUCGGACACGAGCUUUCAGGAGAAGAAAUCUCUGUUCGCGUCGAGAACUGCACACGUACACGAGGCGAAAGUCUACUACAAGGGUGUAUUGCAGGAUCGUCCCUCGCAGAGUCUUGAAAACCUGCGAGACGUCGUCGUCACACCGAGGCCUACGUCGUCUACGUAUACGACGCCGACGACGAAAACGACGACCCCAAUAAUGACGCCCGGAGGAUCCCUAGCCCUCGUCAGGGCCGCCCGCGAGGGCAACAAUUCCACAAUUAGGCAGAUGAUGGCCAGAAUGAAAACACCACUGGGAAAGAGGGAGCUGAACAUCAACACCGUGGAUGCCAGCGGCAGGACCGCGAUCAGCUACUUGGCCGGAAAUGGUACCGUGGCGAUGCUCGAAGCCGCUCUCUGUUUUCCAGAGGUCGACGUCAACCUAGCAGACAACGAAGGCAACACGCCUCUUCAUUUUGCCGCUCAGGCCGGUCAGUUGGAGUGCGUGAGUAUCCUCCUUCAGAGAUCCGCGGGGAUUGAGGUGGACGCUCGAAACACCCUUGGAUUCACACCCCUGAUGAAGGCCGCUCUUCAGGGCCGCACAAAGUGCGCGAAGAUUCUGCUGUUUGCCGGCGCUAAUCCCACUCUCAGAGAUUACGGUCGAGGUCUCAGAGCGGAACAGUGGGCACGAUUUUGUGGUAGGUACGUAUGCGCCGAAGUAAUCGAAAGAUUUGCCCGCCACCGACUCCUGGAGCGUACCACCUCGUGCCGAUGGGGUAGCGAACCGGAACUCGCGGCGAGAGUUCUUCAGGGUAAGGUCACGCCGAUGCCCACGAACGUACCGCCCCAAUCCACGGGUCUCAGAUCGAAAAUUCGGAGAGUGUUCAGGACCAGCUCCGGGCCGGACAAUCGAAGCUUUUCCCUCGUUUCCCAGCUGACCAGCGCGGCACUUUGCGCCAGCAGUCCCGCCCUCCCGAGACCAGGAGAUGUCCCGCCUGUUGUGAAAAGCUUGAUUCGACCUUUGAGCGUCCCGCAGCUCAGUCGCGGCAUCGGACGGAUCGUUACCAAGCGGGGGUUACAGUAGGACGGGGGAUAAAUUCCAGACGAAUUUCACGGAGAAAAUCGCCUCAGAAAAGAUAGAAUCCUCAGUCGCCAAGCCGCCCCGGUCGAAAAAAAAAAAUAAGUAAAGAGUCCAGCAGCCAGCAGCCAGACAGACAGCCAACUCAGCUUACAUUCGUAGACUUUUGUACGUAUAAAUUAAUAUUACAGCGAUAUGUUUAAAUAUGUAUUUUACCUGUACGAUCGUGUAAUCACUUGAGAUUAUUUACCGCGGGUCGUCGAUCCGGUGAACGAAUUCCCGGUCGACUGUACGUACUUACGAACGUAUUACCGACUGUAUUGAGUGUAAUGGAUCGGUGAGCGUAUGUCCCUCGUGUGAUAGAAAAAAAAAUCGAGAGCGAUAUCGCGGGGUCGCGGACCGUGCAGGAGAAAAUAUUGCAUUAUAUUAUAGAUGUACAUUCAAAUUUUAUGUAUAAACGAACAAGAGAAAAGAGUAAAUAAUCAUUUUCAACGUUA